AUGAAGUGCGAUGGUAAAAGCCCAUCAUGUGGCCAUUGUAUUGACAAGAAGCGUCAAUGCGUAUAUAAUUCCAAGACAGACAGGCGCAAUAUCGACCUUCCGCAAAUGCCCAAUGAAGAGGACGCUUCUAUGAUAGACUCGCUCAUGGUUAUGUAUGCACCUACUCCGGAGCCUCCAACAUCUCCGUUACCUGUUACAUUUAUGAGCUCUGAGUCGCCAGAUCGAGCUAUGCUUCUACCACCUUCGGAACCCGACACGUGCAUGGAUGCCACGGAGCAGCCAACUGUCCCCGGCAGUAAUCUGUUCCAAUUUGAUUCUGCUAUCGACGAAGACUGGGUUUGGAAUAUGGGCGCCUGUUCAUCAUAUCCGGCCCUAGAUCUGGGUAGCUUCACUCCUAUUAGCCCUCUAGGGAGCGAUACUAUUAUUGGGCAUUCAACAGCGUAUCCCAUAAUUCCCCAUGAUAUACCCACACCAACCUUAAUUAACGAUGAAGGGUCAUCAGAUGAUGAUGACUGUUCUGAGUAUAAGUCAACAUCGCAAUCACGAGAACCAAAAAUCCAGGCCAAACUGGACGACGCAGGUGUCGGCCAGAAGGUACCUAUUGAGCUCAUUCGAAAUCUUACUGAUCUCUACUUUACCUGGCAAAAUCCUAGCUUGUAUAUAGUAGAUAAGAAGGAAUUCGAAAAGGCAAGAGAGAGCUACGUCCUUUACAAGCGGGAGAGUACGUUUUACUCGGAAUUUUUGAUCAAUGCAUUGUGCGCUAUAGGGGCAGCGUUCAAUAAUACCUGGUACCCUGGAUACCCUUUCCCCUUGGGUGAGUUUUUUGCAAAACGAGCGAAGGCGCUCAUGGAUGUGGAACUGGACACGCCACGGAUAGCCACUAUCCAGAGUCUCGCCGUCCUAAGUAUCCAUGAAGCCUCCGCUACCAGAGAUACCCGCGGCUGGAUUCUUAGUGGAAUGGCGAUAAGGCUUGCGUUUGACUUGGGACUUCACCUCAAUACGAAACAAUAUGUCGAGGAUGGAACUAUGACAACGGAAGAGGCGCGAGCACGGAGUGUGGCUUUCUGGGGCAUCAUAGCAACUGACCGAAUGUGGGGAAUAUAUCUAGGUCGGCCGUUUCAUAACACCCUUGAUACUGUGAGCGUUGAAAUACCUACGCGUUCCCAAUCAGGGCAAAAAUUAGAUCGUUGGAUGGCCAAUGGCGCAUUUGGCAAUCAUUCAAGAGGGCUUGUUCUUCCAGAUCCAACAUAUAUUCUUUCGGAGAGGUGGCAAGCAUUAUAUGAAAUCAUGUCUCCCUUAGAGCUAACGUUGUAUUUCAAGGCAGAUAUCAACAAGGUUGAGCUGGUGGCAUUUUCUCAACAUACAUAUGAUCGUCUUCUAGCAUGGAAAGACGAGCUUCCAAAAGAGCUAGUCAUCGACAUGGAAACAUUAGACUCAACAAAGCAUCUUCCCCAUGUACUCAUGUUGCAUAUGCAAUACGCCCUGUUUAUAAUCAUCCUCCACCGUCCGUGGGUUGCCAAGAAAUAUAUCCAGCCGACUCCUCUCUUCGGUUCGGGACCCCGUCACGCGCGUGAGAUGUGUCUUCGCUCCGCUGUUGACAUAGCUAUUCUCAUCCGCGCCUUUGAGAAGCAAUAUUCUCUUCAAAGGGCAAACGUGCUUCUUGUACACAUAGCAUUCACGGCCGCCCUCAUUCUUCUCUAUGCGACCGUAUCCGAAAAAGACUUCGACUGCCAACGUGAGCUAUCAACGCAGCUAGAUAUGUGCUGCCAAGCACUAGCAGAACUUGGGAAUUCAUUUGAAAAUGCAGCAAGAACACUCGACAUCCUUCUGUCUGUUAAGAGAAUGUGGCAGGCAAGCUUAGUCUCGGGAAUUCAGACCAAGCGCGCACAACCUCGAGAAUGGUUCCCAAUAACAAGGGACGUUGUGGCGCUUGCCUUUGGUCAAUAUCCUCCGAAAAUGAAUUAA